AUGUUUUCAAAACCAUUGUCACCUUUUGAAGAGAUGAAAACAAACAGAAGCGUUUUUAAAAUUGAGCCGGAGAUUCUUCCUUGUUUUGAAGUGAACUACAAAUUCUCGCUCGUAACCACGAGAAAACAAGAAAAUCCAGUGAACACAGCCCAGAAAAUGGUAAGCCAAAGUUCAACCAAACAAAGCGGAGAAGCGACAACGGAGAAAGUGCCACGGUCGAUCGUCACAUGUACAGAAGAAGAGAUAAAUACCUUCAAAGACGACGUGGCCCCUGAAAACACGAAAAAGAGUACGCCGCUUGCAAUCGUCUGAGUCAAUAGCUAUUGACUCAGAGCCCAUUCGGGCUCGAGGAAUAAUUGUUAAAUAGUAUCACUGAGAGGUUCAUAUUUUUUGUAAUGGAUUCAUAAUAACCGUCACAUAAAUCCAUUACCAUAUUUGUAGCUAGCAUUUAACCGGUGUAAAACAUAUUGUUGAGGUCUAUUGUUGGUAAAGCAGUUCUUAGCUUGUAGAGUCCAUCAAGCUUCUAAUUUUUUAAAGCAAAUAUACUUAUUUUUCUCUUUUUAUGUCUGCGAUUGAUAGGUCCAGAAAACCAGUGUGAGGAUCAUGAAUUUGGAAUUAGAAUAACAAACAUCAGAUGGAUACAAGCCUUUAACAACUCCAAUGCAAUUGAAUAUAAAUCCUUGAAAUCAAACGUCACAUCAGAAGUAAGUCAAUAACCCUGGCUUUUGUCGUUUGGCUUUCCCUUAUCAUUUGCUAAUAAAAGAGUAACACAGAAUUAUUAAGCAAUGGCUGUAUAAUUUCUUUUUUGUCAGGUUUACAAUCUAAAGUAAUGGGAAACCCGAGCCAAAUUAACCAAAUGCCGAAAAAAAACCCGCCUAAUUGGGGACACUUACAACUGGAAAAUUGCACAUAUCUACUUAAGUGAUAUUGUGAACUUCCAGGAUCUAGAUUAAUGAGGGUAUAAUACAUUUGUGGCUUGUAUCAACAGGGUGACUCUGUGUUUAAUCGGUCUGUCAUCAAAAAAUGUAUUGAAGGAAAUUCACCUGUUUCUUUCACAGAUUGCAAGAAUCUACACCCAAUCUCAAAGUGCCGAAAAGCAACUAUAUGGUAUAACUAUUGUGGAGUUUAGGUAUGGUAUAUGUAAUUAUUUAUCGUUGACAUGCAAUCAUGUAAUAGUUACAAGAAAAAAAAAACAGAAGAAAAUUGUAUACGAAUAAACGAUAGCUGGAGGGCAUUAGAAAAGAAUUAAAACCUCUCGAGAAUAACAACUUCUUUUGUUAAUUACAUCAUUAUAUGCUAUAUCUUAACCACAGUCGAUUCAUGACCUUGUUAAUAUGGAAGCUUAUCUAGCAAUUCAUGGAGCAUGAGUAUGAUAAUGAUGAGGUAAAGGAGAGAUCUGAAUAAUUUCUCAAAUCAUCCGAAAGCCUAAUCCAUGCGAUAAUAAUUUUAUUAUUCUUUCAAAACAUGCUUAAACAUAAACACAAGCUAAAACAUGCUUAACCUGGAUCGAUGCUAAGUUCUCGUCUUUAUCUUCCAGCUGAUGAAAUCACGUUUUACGUGUUUUUUUUUUUUUCAUCGAGCCACGUUUUUAACUCACUUUUCAGGAUCACUGAUGGAAGCAAACCGGUUUAAAUAACAUUUUACAAAAUAUGCAUGUUUAAUUAAAUAGUCAUGCCUUAAUUGGCCUGAGUAUAAAAUAUCCUAAGAAAAUAUCCAACACCUCGCAAUGCCGCCACUGGUUUCUCCGCGAAAUAAAGUCUAAGGAAUGGACCCAGAUAUUCCUUACUAACGUAUGACGCGUCACUAUCCAGAUCUGGGUCAGUACUACUGAUUGGCUGGCAUACUGAAGACACGUCACUACCCAUCAAAACUGGGCAAGGCCUUUGAUUGCAGGAAAAUUUCUUCAACCAAUCAGAAGCACUAUCCACUUUUUAUGGGUAGUGACGUGUCAUAAGUAUGGAAUUUCUGCGCUUGUUACCCUAGGUCAUUUCUCGGGAAAACCACUGGCGGUGUCACGAAAUGACGGCUGUUCAGUGUUUUCUCAAGCUAGAUAUAAAGGGAUGUUAGGUAUAACAUAUAUUCUUUAGUUAAAUUGCAGAUAUCAUCCGUUGAGCUGUAUUCUUUUGUUUUUGCUAUGUUUUUAAGUAGCAACCGGGAUAUUUUGUUUUUCUUCGAAAAACGAGUGAAAUGAUCCGCCAUCAUAUUUUACUGCUCUACCGAAAUAAUGAAACCCUGUUCCCCGGGGUUCUCGGUUGUUGUCCCUUUAUCUGGCGGUUUUCCAGAUAUCGCAAACGUCUUUCAAAUUUGUACAGUGAUUGCUGGGUUAAAAGAGUUAGCCGAGGGAUUUGGGCCAAUCAGAAACAGACAUAGUUUAAAUGAAUAAUGAACAAGCUUAAUUGAAAGCUGCACAAUUAAUAUUUCAAAUUGAUUGCAUACAGUAAUUGCUUAAUUCUCGGACGUAGGAAGGGGGACGUUGCCCCCCCUCCUUUUUUCUGAUUUUUUUCCUAGACGAUAAAACAUCAGCACCUGAAGUUUUCUGUAGCUGUUUGUUUAUCCUUCGCGCGCAUUUUGAGAAAAGUUUAGUGAUGGUCCGUUACUAUGGUUACGAGAUAAGUAGCAAGUAACGUCAUAAGUAGCAGGUCAAGCCAUUUUUGAGUGAAUAUGCAUGUUUUUUCACCUUUUUUCAACAGUAAAAGCUAAACUUGUGGAUGAAAUGAUGCAUAGUAAUUAUUUAUGUGUCAUAAAGUAACGUCAUAAGUAGCAGGUCAAGCCAUUUUUGAGUGAAUAUGCAUGUUUUUUCACAUUUUUUCAACAGUAAAAGCUAAACUUGUGGAUGAAAUGAUGCAUAGUAAUUAUUUAUGUGUCAUUUUACAUGUUAAGCGCAAAAAAAUUAUCAAUUCUCACUGUUUUCACUUGCUUUCUAACUCUUGAUAAAAUCCAAGAUGGCGACCAUGUUUGGUGACGUGACUGACCUCAAACAGCGCUACCACCCAUAAAACAUAACCUAUCUUGUAAACAAUAUCAAAGGCUUUCCACUGAAGGCAAAAUCGCUUUGAAAUACUGCCAUCAUCCCCGCGUCCCUUGUACCCCGGUAGGAGUAUGACUUUGCAUAUACGUCCGAGGGUUAAGGGCCUGUUUACAUGAAGGUGGGGGACCCCAGGUGUAACCCGCUUAGCUGGGAUAACCUGCCUGUCCAUAAAAUCUAUCAUCGCGUUUAAAUGAUAGGAGGGGAGAGACCGCCAAGGGGGUUGCCCAGCUUGAGGUAACCAAUCUCAACCAGGGUCACAUUUUUUCCAUGUCAACGUUUCAUGAAGAUAGGGUGAUAGAAGAGAAUUGACCGCCAAAACACGUCAUUUGCGUGCCAUUUUUGUUGUGUUGUGUUUUGUUGCGUUUCGUUUUUGUUUUUGUUUCUUCUUAUUUUUAAGUGCUUUGCGACCAUUCAACAAUCAUCAAUAAGUGCACUGAGGAAUGGUUGGGUUAUUUUUGUUCCGACCUGAGGGGGUUAAAACCUACUUGGGCUCCCAGACCUCCGAGUAAACGAGCCCUAAGAUAUAUUUCAUUUUCAGAGAAGGAAGUACCAUUGCUGUUGUUCGCCUACGAUUUGAAAGAAACAUCAGCGACCCCUUGAAGCCUUUGGAAGAUGCUAUCAAAGAUGGCAUAUUGGGGCGGAAUAUCAGAGUUGAGACACGGCUCCUUAAUACAAGUAUGUCAAGCUCCAAUCAAUUCACUCCAAGUCAAUCCAGUAGGUACCAUUAGUUAAAUCUUAACGACGGUGACAGACAUGAAAAGGACUACAUUAUAAUCACGUGACAGGGAUAAUAAAGGGAAACUCACAACCUGACUCCUAAAUUCCACAUCAAAUUGCACGGAAAUACGGAUCAAUCAAAUUUCAUUUAUUAUUAUUUUUAUUACAGUCGAAGCAGGUCAAGCGUUGCUGUCGCUAACGAACUAAUGAAAUGAUUUCGUUUGUUGAUUUAAAAAUAGAAUGUUGAUUCGAUUCCUGUUUUUUGAAAAACUACAAUUUCCUCAAGUCGACCUCAGAAUUCUGUUUUUUCUUCUUUUUUGCCAAGAGUCAAGUGCGGGCGAGUUCUGAAGUUCAAACCCAUACAAACUGUCACAUGUACGCCAAUUUGCCGCCAGAAAUCAGUGCAACAGACAUGGGUCGGGUGGCAUAAAACAUCUUAAGAUUAAGGAACCAAGAACAAGAAGUCCAAAUGCUACUGUAAAGCUGAUGAAAAAACAAUACACGUUGUUCUGAAUCUGCUUUGCAGUAGCCUUUCGACUUCUCGUUCUUGGUUCUUUAUAUUUUGGCUGAUUAGAUCUCUUUUCUAGAGAUCCGACGUUUACAACUAGCAGGAUCUUCGUCCACGGUUUUUGCAGUUAAUUUAAUCCUUUAUUAAGAUUAAGGGAGCUCGUAACUAUUAUUUCUAAACAAUAGGUUAUUGUUUCAGAAAAAAAGUUAAGAGCCCUCUUAUCUUAAGACGGCUUAAUGCAAUCUGGCCCAGACCUCUUAGAAAACAUGAUGGUCAAACUGAGGUCAGUGUAUGUGCCGUGAUUGGUGGAUUUCGACUCUCGGCCUUUGUCAGUUUCUUCGCGUUUGCAGUCUGUCUAUUCUAGCUGUUAUUUUGAUUAAAGGCAAUGAAAAACGCAAUCGUAAACGGUAGGAAAAGGAAAGCAAAUACGAUUGAACACAACAGACAAGAAUAAAGAACAGGUAGACUUUGUUCAUGAACCAAAUCAAUAUUUAAUUAUUCAAUCGAGGUGCAAUUUGACUAUUGGAUUAUUCAUUUUCUGAAUGGAUUAUUGAAUCAACAAACCGAAUCAUUUUUCCAUUUAUUCAUUCGACUAGCGACAAGAAGGCUUGACAUGCAUUCAAACUGUGAUGACUAAUAUUACUUGCUUAUUGUCAAAAUUCGCUAUGUUCUUGAAUUAUACUCCUUUUUCCAGGACUUUAAUAUUAUUGUAUAAAAUUUAACGUAAAUUUAAAUUUAAAUUACAUUUACGUGUUUUCUCACCAGAUAAAGUCUGACAAUUUUGCAGGGAGAGUACAACGUUUUUUUGGCCCUAUUCCUCUGGUCUGUUUUUCUGCCGAUUUCUUUCUCUUAACAGAAGCAAUUCUUUUCAGUUUUGAAUAAAACUUCUUUUUUAAUCUUCAUACUUCGGGCGUCCCCCAUUGCGUUAAAACUGAAACUGAGUAACGCGUCUUCCGGAAGUGCGUCACACCUCAUUUAGCAACUAGUCACGAAUCAAAAUCCAAGGGGGCCACAGAGAGGUUAUACUUGGCGCUCUUUCACGCUUCCACGAGCAUUUCACACAGCAGUGAUUCAAAAAGGUGGCCGAAAAGGUCCGUGAUGGAAGUAUCCAGGAAAAACAGUUGAUUUUGAGAAGAAAAGAAGCUUUAAUUUUUACCUACACUAGAAAACCGUUAAUUACUACGUGACCGAUUUACCUUGACUUUUGUGGAGGAAUGGAUUAUUAUUUCUUUGUGAAAUUUGGCAAAUACGCAAAGAGCAUGUUAAUGAAGAGAUCUGUGUUCGACCAAAGGUUAGCUAAAAUUGCCGUGCAGCUGUAUUAUUCGGAUUUCAAAAUGUGGAUGAAAUUACAAAACAGCAAAUUGUGCCCUGGAACGUGGAUUUAUUGGAGCUGUGUCGUGGUCGAACUGGAUUAUUCUAUCUUACGUCCUUAUUUGUGUUACAUUUCAUUCGGGAAUUUCUUUUUAACAAUAAUUCUAAGGAUUCUUCUGAAAUUUGGAUUUUUUUCUUUCCGUGCCAUCCUAGGGGGUAAUUAAAUUAACACAUUUUGGAUGACAUAGCUAACAUAGUUUAUUUUGAUGUAUUAUAGUUCCUCAAGAACUAAGGAAUACCGUCAAUGUAGUGAUAUGUAGAUAUUAUCCAUAAAAUAACUAUUAAAAAUGAUGGGAAAAUGUGCAAAACUUGCCGGUGCAGAUACCUUAACAGCAGUCUACAGUCUAAAGUUCGAGAUUGGCUUAAAGGAAAAGUCCGUUUUUGAUAUUUUGGAUUCACUUCAAGUUAUAUUUAUCACAUUUUUUCAAACUAUUUCAAAGUGAUGUGAGGAAAACAAAAGUGAAAGGCUUGUCUACGUCAUUGGAAAAUGACGUGGAUAUUUCGUUUGAUUUCCAUGCAUAANGAUGUAUUAUAGUUCCUCAAGAACUAAGGAAUACCGUCAAUGUAGUGAUAUGUAGAUAUUAUCCAUAAAAUAACUAUUAAAAAUGAUGGGAAAAUGUGCAAAACUUGCCGGUGCAGAUACCUUAACAGCAGUCUACAGUCUAAAGUUCGAGAUUGGCUUAAAGGAAAAGUCCGUUUUUGAUAUUUUGGAUUCACUUCAAGUUAUAUUUAUCACAUUUUUUCAAACUAUUUCAAAGUGAUGUGAGGAAAACAAAAGUGAAAGGCUUGUCUACGUCAUUGGAAAAUGACGUGGAUAUUUCGUUUGAUUUCCAUGCAUAAGAUUGGUCUUUCUUCAGUAGACACUAUGAGCUGUUUAGAGGCGGUCCAUUGAAAUAAUAACACGACGAUGAUGACGAUUACGGUAAUGAUGAUAAAAAAUUCACGUGUAAUUUAAACGUUACAUUAUAUAUAACAUCACUUGUGACCUUCAUAUAGCAAUGCUACCAGACCCAACCACUGAAGAACCAACAACCGACGAUGAUGAUGGGGGUCCUUCAUCAAGUGGUCUAUCAGCAGCUGAAAUUGGCGGUAUCGUUGGAGGAUCGGUCGGAUUUGUUGUAAUCCUCAUCAUUGUCAGCCUCGUUAUCUUCUUCCGUUGCCAGCCUAAAAAAGGUAAGCUUUAUUUGAUAAGAUUGUUUUCGCCAUUUGUAGUCAAAGAUAUCGAAAAUUCGCUCUUGGAUAUGUUUCAGCUAAGGAAAUCGUCAUGAUACUUGAUUGCAAGACAGCGCCUUCUAAUGGUGUUAAGGGGGAAGUUUGAUUUUUGUUGUUGCUGUUGUUUGGGGGGAAUGGGGAUAUUUUAAUCGAGAGUUGAGGAAAAAAGGGUGCAUAAACUUCAACCACUUAGUCCUCUGAUUGUGGUGAGCCGUUUGUGAUUUAUCUACACCACUAAUUAUUUCCUGUAAUUUUCAACAACCCCAGCUUAAUUCAGGAUAUUUUCUAGUUUUCCAUAUUUUUAAACAAUUAUUUUAAGCAUUUAUUUAUUGAAAACAUCACAAAAAUCAUCCAAAAAUUCUCAGACAUACAGUCGACUCCCGAUAAUUCAAAUCUUCAAGGGAAGUGGAAAAAAGUUCGAGUUAUCAGGAGUUCGAGUUAUCGAGGGCAAAAUUAUUUAGAAAAUGAUCUAAAAGGAAAUGAAAAUUCCCUCGAGUUAGCAGGAGGCUCGAAUUAUAGAGGGUUCGAGUUACCGGAGGUCAACUGUACUAACAUUGAACCAAUGAAUCCGACCCCCCUAAGUCAUUACAUGAUUGAAAGAAAUCUUGUCCAUGGCUAGAUUUUGAAGAAAAAGGGAAAUAAUUCGUGCUAUCUACUUGUUAUUGAGAACAAUAGAUAGUGUAACAGUCGAAUAUAUACGGGCAAAUUUUCUCGUUUUCAUUUUUAAUUUUGACUACCGCUUUAUUUUAAUAUAGCUAAAGCUAUCACUGUUACCAACCAGCUUUACUAUAAAUUUUCCAUUCUUUAGCAGGUAAAUCAUUCAGUGAAGCAGACGGAUAUCGCAUGUAAGUACAUUUGAUAUUAAUCAAUAUCUGUCGCUAUUAAAAGGGAGAAAAAUUAAGACCCGACACACGGUAACCGCUCUGAGAAAAGUUAACUCUUUGUUGAGCUGAAGGUGAAAAUUUUUAAAGUUCUAUCAAGAAUUUUUUACUUAGGCGGGCCCCACCAUGGUCCUAAAGGUUUUGAUAAUGAAGACUCGCGGCAACCUCGGUCCGAAACGCUCUCUCUACACAACGGUAAGGGAAGAAAAGGAGCAAGAGCAUAUGUCUAGGUUUGGUUGCAGGAACACGAUUGCUGCGCUUCUUGUUUUUUACUAGUUUUUUUACUUACUAGAUAUCUGAGAGUACUGCGUAAAACCUGUUCUUGGUUUAAUCUUACUUUCCUUUGUCUUACAUUGCCAUACCCUAAAACUGAACCAAAGCAUAUACGUGACACCUGCCUUAUACCUGAUCGCUUUGUGAUGAUCAUUGUUUAGCUACAGUUUCAUGCAUGGAUUGAUAUAGCCCUAUCAUGCACAAUCAGUUGUAGUGUGGAGAAAAACUAUAACACUACGCACGGUGGUACACGUUUUAGUCGAGGCAUCACUAGAAAGUACAGUUGACUCCCGAUAACUCGAACCUCGCGUCAACUCGAACCAAAAUCGAUUUCCCCUGGAUUUCCGUCAUACAUUUACUGUAAUUUUACCCUCGGUAACUCGAACCCUCGAUAACUCGAAACUCCCGCUAACUCGAAGUAAUUUUUGUUUCCCCUCAGAUCAGUUCUAUAUAAUGUUACCCUCGAUAACUCGAACCAUGUUUUGAGCCCUUAAAAAGUCGGGAAAAAAAGUGUACUGCCUCCGAAGCAUUGAAUUUUGAAUUUCCCAUUGACGUGUUGUAGGCAUAUAGUUUACUAGUAGAUCGAUAGUGGAGGCCGAUGUUGUUUGUCACAAACCUAACGUGAAAUAGCUUUACUUCUCAAAAAGUAAAAUGCAUGCUUUAUUUAGGCAACGGUUUGUUACUUUACGUUCUGAUUUAUAAUCUAAAAGUAUCUUUCAAUUUGCACUCAACAUUUCUACAAUUAAAUAUGACUAAAAUGCUCACUGUGCAGUAAAAACUGUUUUUUUUUGCUCACUCCCGGCUAUUUUCUUUGAGCUCCCGAUAACUAGAACCUUUUUUGAUUUCCCUUGAAGGUUCGAGUUAUCGGGAGUCAACUGUACUGGCUACCAUUUAAUGCAUGACUUUUUUACAAACACAGCAACCCGCGUCACAACACGUGAUCUUAAAUGAGUCUCAAUAAAACCUUACUUUAUCAUGAAAACGCUCUAAAAUAUUUUCAGUACGACCCAAAGGAUAACGUAUUAAUAUUCCACGAUCUAUAUAUGUAACACACAGCGGCGUGCUUAGAAUGCGAGUUUUGGAGUUUGAAGUUGCAACACGCUCCCCAUAUCUAUAUGAACUCGCAACUCGCGAUCCGCAGUCCUCAACUCCUAACUAUAUCUCGCGACUCUCAAAUCGCGACACGCAACUCUAUAACCUUCAAUUUCAAAACUCGUAGAAUACCCGGUCCCAUACUCGUAUUGGCUACUACUCGCAUUAAUCGGAUCGACUAUCUUUAUAGAUGAGGAAAGAUUCACAACAGAAACAAAAUCCUGCCUUAUUCUUCGUAACAUCUAUGAAUAACAAAGCAGUUUAUUGGCAAAUCUCUAUUUUUAUUUUUUUUUUGGUAGGAACAAACAGCCUCCUUCAUCAGGACUAGGGACAGCAAGCCCAGCUUUUGUUGAAGCCAGGAUGUACGCUCCACCCAAUACCGCCAAUAAAAAGGUAUUAACAACGACUGUAUUUCAUACCUUAUCUUAUUGCCACAAAAUUGGGAAAAUAUGGACACGGCAAUGGCUGUAGGAAAGCACCUGGCCUGCCUUGACAAUACUCUGUUUGAUAAAACAUACAUAAACACUUGUUUAGGGACGGACUGUUUGGUAACCACAGUUUGUGCCCAAGCUGUUGAAGUAUCGUGACUUAUCUGACGAAGCGAAAAAAAAUAGUUUUUGGAUAUUUUGAUAAUUUUAAUAUAAUCAACAGCUUUGUUUAGCCUGAAUUUCAUCCGAUUACGUCGAGUCGUUAUUACUUCCUCAGUAACGUCUGAAUCGACCGGCCGUUAAUGCCGUCCAGUGACGUCACUACUCCUUAAUUCGUGCAAAAAGUAAAACACGAUUUUCAAGUGGCAAACCGAGAAAUAUCGUUUGGAAAUGUCUGCAUGAUACAGAAUUGCUUUUUUUUUCGACCGUAGUUCAUAUUUAACGUUCAAACUAUCAACUGCAUGCAGUACAACUCUGAACCGGUUGUAUUGAAUUCUAUAAUCAAACUUGGUCGCAAUCACGCGGCAAUGAAAUAAACACACACACUGUACAUUUAGUUCAAAACACAAUGAUUUGCUUUAAUUGAGAAAAAGCUGUUUGGUCCUUAACGAAGAAGAAACAAGGAAACAAGAAAAAAAAGCUAAAAGAAUCAUAGCAAUUGACGGUAAAGAUAGCAAGAAGGUCGAAUCAUAAUAUUGAUCUCAGAAAACUUCGCGUAAGCAAAAUCACCGGCCGUCGAAACCACAAAGCGGCUCCAAAUGAAAAACCUACCGACUCUCCGCGAUGAUUCUUCAUUCGCAGUUCAAUUUAGCACAGUUGAUGUGAUGUCUUACAAGAUUUUAUCAACUUAAUAAAUGUAGAUGUAGAUGUAGAUGUAGAUUUCAGUUUUGAAGACAAGGGCAAUUUGCUGUUUAAGAUAAAAAUUAAGCUUAUCGAAAUGUUUGAACUAUACGAAAGAAUGCCAGGGACCGAUCCGCUGAAUAUCAUGCGACAAUCCCGCUAAAAUUUUUCAUAAUUAUACAUAAUUAUGUGAAUGUUUAGACAAUCGACCAAUCAAAAUCACUACCCGGUUUUCGGGUAUAGUGAGUGACGUUACUGGACUGCAUUAACGGCCGGUCCAUUCAGACGCUGUUGAGAGGAGAAAACGACUCGAAGCAAUAGGAUGAAUUUGUUCAGGCUACAGCUUUGUUCCGAUUUUGUGCAAGCUGGGUAAGUUGCUAUAAGAGUCAACCAAUGCCCCAUGAUAUAGUUUUGCCCUCUUUCGAUGAUCAUUCCUGCAAGUAGCCGACCCAAAUUGUGCAUACUUUAUCUGCAAUCUGCCAGCGGAUAGAACGUCAAGAUAAUAGCUGUUUUGAAAAAUUUGUUGCCAUUCUUAAAAUUGCAUCAUUUUUUACAGGGAGAGCCAGAAAAACGUCCUUUGCCAGCUGGAGGGAGCGGUGGACAGGACGGCCAGGGUGGCUUCGAAUUGUGGUGCUAA